AUGUCUUUAUCUGAAACGCAAAACAUAGUCCGUCGUCAAGCCACAAAGGAAAAAAGGUUGGAAAAACAGAAGACAAGGGCACUCAAGGUGACAUAUCAAGACAAUCCUGACGUCUUUGAGAGAGAGCCCUCGGAGCUACUUAGUGACACUGACAGGGAUGAAGACACUAUGUUCUUGGACCACGCUCUGCAGACAAAACUGUCCAAUACCAAGGUCCUGGCAUUCUGUGUGGGGAAAAUUCCCCCCAAAUUGCAUGCCGCUAGCAACAGUGCACGCAAGCUGAAGGACGACACUAGUGACGAGUCUGGUGACGACUCAGAGUCAAAAAACCAAUCUCAACCCAAGGCCUGGGCUCACCAUACUGACGAAGAGGAUGGUAACUCCAUCAAGGAACAAAUGCCUUCUCCUCGCAUGACCAAACGACCGCUUGAUGCAGAAGAUGCCACAGCGGUGGUGAAGAUUCAAAAAAAUUCGGACGGUUCCCGUCGUCAUAUGAAAGCUGGCGAUUUCAAGGCUGACACCAAAGACAUCCUUGUAACUGCAACCUCUAUCUUCCGCUGUCUAAUCGUCACACAGGCGCCAUUUCCGGAUACCAUUGCUGUCGAGACAAAGCUGGGAAAAGAGGCCUGGCAUGAGGCAUGCCAAAUGAAAGGCAUCAACGUCAAAUUGACGCCUUUAGCAGUCAAGAUGCUCUUGAAAUGCACAUCACAUGUGCGUGGCGAACUCAAAACAAAAAUGCAAUCGCUGACUCGUUCGUUUUUUGGGUUCUGGUCAAGUGAUUCGAGGGAGGUGAUAAGGCAAAACCGAGAUCUGGCGGAAUCUUUGAAAGAUGAUUCAUCCUUUGUUUUCAAGGACUGGACAACGAAGACAGGUAUCUACAAGACUGAAUUACUCCAAGAUGGGAUCAAUGUUAUGUGGUUUGCAAACCAAGGUGACGAAGGCAUCAUCCACAAUAAGUAUUUUAAGCCCAUGCCUAUCGAGGUUAUUGCACUCACACUUACAGCUAUUGAAUGCUGUAUUGACGAGUGGCUGCAGGGCAUGAAGGAAGACAUCAAAUUCACAGCAGCUACCUAUGGAUCUAUCUACCAAACACAUUUGAGCUCACUGCAGCGUUUUGACGAGUGCACAGCACCUUAUAAACUCUUGGAAAGAAUUUGUGACAAUUUGCAUGAUGUGGCUCGGUGCAUUUCACUCUAA